CAAAUAAAAAUAUAAGCAAUUGGUCAAAACUGAAUUUUUAUACUUAAAACGUUAAAAUAUAAUAUUAGUUGGCAUUUAAGGGUUAAAAUUUUAUUUUUAUCGAAUUCCUUGGACAAUUUUCUAUAAAAUGCAACCAGUAGAAAGUCUUUUGCUCAAAUAGUUGCAAAGUUAUGAUUAAAAGAAAAAAAAGUUUUUUAGAAAAUCGCCAAAAAAGAGGGCGGUGCCAAAAAUAGAGGGAUGGUCCAAUCAGCACCAAACUUGGGAUUUCUGUUAACUAUCGAUAGAUAAACGUUCCCUCCAAGUUUGGUCCAAAUCGGUGAAGGUCGAGUCCAAAAGUGUACUCAGUUGACCUGGAAUGACCCAGGUGCUAUUCCGUCGGGUCCUGGUCCUUUUGAUGAGUCUAAGUCCUUCAAUGCCUGGCGUACUUCCGUUUCUGACAAAGAAUUGACUGAGACUUCAUUUGGAAAUUCCGGUGUAUAUGAAAAGUAGUCGCGGUCGCGGUCUUCUUCGGAAAAUGAGGUGAAUACUUCUUUGAAAAAAAUUGAAAAAUGAUUGCAAAUUUCUUUUGAGUUACUGCCUACACAGCAAAUAAAGUAGUAAUCCAGCUGCGUGUAAAAGGCCUGGGUGUAAUAUAAAUUUUGCAAUAUUUUAUGAAAUUCUGUGUACACGGAAAGGGGAUCGAUCGCCAAACCAGCGACCGAAUUUUGCUGGGUUGGUUUUGCUGAUAUCAGCGAAAUUUUUCUCUAAACCAGCGAAUUUUUUCGCUGAAAAAGGUGGCUGCGCGAAAUCAAAUUCAGCAACUUGGUUUCGCUGGUUUGUUAUUUCCGAAACGGUUUCUUUUCCAGCGAAAGUUUCCGCUGGUUUGAUACACAUCCUUCCGACAGCCGUCAUAAAUGUUUGUUAUUGUUCACGUUCGGAAGCGAUUUGUGGCAAUCGAAUUGCUUUAGGGGUUUUUUCAAAACAAAAAAGCAUGAAAAAGUUCUGCAUCAAGUGUUCAGCAUUAAAAUACAUACUCAACAGGUGAUGGUUCUUUUCAAUGAAAAGAAGCACGUUUCCAUAAAGUUCUCGCAGCAGAAAAAUACGGUGCAGUGAAGCUGGAGAUGUAUUUGUACUGCUGCAUAGACGAGUGCACAAAUUGUCGCAGGUGGCAGCAAGAAUCGUAGGCGAGGAACUUGACCAUGGCCGCGGAACAGUUUGUGCUGUGGCAAGUAAGUACAACGAGGAACUUGCCCAUGGCCGCGGAACAGUUUGUGCUGUGGCAAGUAAGUACAACCUGGCUGGACUUUCUUUUAAUUCUGCUUCCGUUACUGCGAAAUCUUUACACGAUUCCCAAUUAAUCUCUGGUUCUCAAAUCCUCUGGUUUAUUUUGGCAUAGGCUUCUGCCGCCAAAACAAAAAAACAAACGUCGGUGAUAAAAAAAACGCUGAUCCAGUGCAAAAAAAACACUGGUCCAGUGGAAACAUUCGCUGAACCAGCGGAUUUUUCGCCGAAACCAGUAGAAUAAUCUCCUGGUUGAUUUUGGUACGAGCUGCUGCCGCCGGAAAAAAACCCGGACGUCAGCGAUAGAAAACGCUGAUCCAGCGUAAAAGAACACCAGUUCAGUGAAAAAAUCCGCUGGACCAGCGAAUUGUUUCCCAAAACCAGUACAAUAAUCUCCUGGUUGAUUUUGAUGCCCUGCCGCUUUUUCCAAACCAGCGAGAAAAUUUUCUGAUUCUAGCAAAACUGAUCCCCCAAACAGCGACAUUUUUCACCAAACCAGUGUUUUUUUUUCACUGGUUUGGUAGAAUUUCAUCGGUUUCCAAACCAGCGAAAAAAAUUAGCGAUUCUAGGUAAUUUUUGUGCAGGCUGAGAAAUUAGCGACAUUUUUCGCUAGUUUUAGCGAACUUUAUCGCGAUUUGGCGAUGGAUCCCCUUUCCGUGUAAAAAAAGAUUUUUUCGAAAAUGUCACUAUUUGAGUUUGGCAUUUUUUUCAAAAUAUCGACCCCGGCAAAAAAAGAUAUGCGUCGCGCCUCGCGACGCCCUAGGCGCCAUUUGAUUUUGCUGGGGUCAAUUUUUCGAAAAAAAAUGCCAAAGAAGAGAAUGGGCAAAUUUGUAUGGGAGCUGGUCCAAGGAUGUACACGAACGGGAGAAACUUUAUUCGAAAGAUCUCGCCGAGACAUAAAAAAAAUGUCUUCUGGACGAACUUUCUAAACCCCGGGGUUCAAAAGUUACAAGUGGUUGAAGUUUGAGUAUUUGGGUCUAGCUCAUUUCCCCGAAUAACUUUUCCCCGAAUGCCAUUUCCCCGAAAAUCAUUUCCCCUAAUUGGUCACAUCCCCGAAUACCACUUCCCCUAAUCAGCCCCGAAUGCCAUUUCCCCGGAUAUCAUUUCCCCUAAUCGGCUAUAUCCCAGAAUGCCAUUUCCCCUAAUCGGCCAUUUCCCCGAAUGCCAUUUCCCCGAAGUGACACUUACGCCAAUUGCCGUUUAUUUAAAUUUAAAAUUACCCGGAUUUGCAUAUCCCCUAAUCAUCAUUUUCGCUAAAGCCUUUUUCCAUGACUAACAGUUAUUUUCUUUCUCAAUUUUACCGAACAAACAGAUUUUUCGGGUAUGCUGUUGAUUAAAUGUUUUAAAUUGGGUAGUAAAGCCCUUUGUAAAUUUUUAUGAACAACGGUAAGAAACACGAUUAAAAACCAUUUCUGAUAACUUUUUUUUUCAUUUUUAUGCAAAAAAAAAGUUAUUGACAAGACAACAUUUUUUCGAUGGAUCAACUAUGGCCCCCUGGAUCGAGCUGUCAAGUAGGAGCUUUUCUGCCAAGAAGGGCCGUGAAGUGAAUUUUUAGAAAUUGAAAUAAAAAUCCAUUUUAAAUCCGACCGCAAAGGGUCAUUGUACUUAGAAAAGCUUAUUUUUCUUGUGAACAAUAAUAUCACAAAUUUAAGCUUAAUUUUAGGACCCAAUUACUAUUUUUUUUGUUGUUCAAUUAAUAUUUGUGUUCAACCGCAUGAUUAGAUGUUGUUUUUGAGAAAUUUGCAAGGAAUUUUUUUUUCGAAUUUUGUUCAAAAAUGCAAAAAUCGAACAAAUAGGUACAUAAGGCUGGUACAAAUUUUUGUUGAUUAUACUUGUUCGGCACGACGCCGAAUGUUUUGCCCGGAUUUGCGCAACUGCCUCCCAGUGUGCGUGAGUCCAGCCCUGCGUCGCUGUCAGCGACGGCGCUGCCAACGUGACAGCCCAAAACGACGCAACGACGAAAACGGCGCGAGCCGAAGCGCGCGCAAACGAACGAGCGGAGAGGGAGAGAGAGCGAAAAGUCACUCCGUUUCGAGACGCGAACGAGACACGUCGCGUAGUGUACAUAAAAAUCGGAAAUUUGAAAGUUUUGUGAAGUAAAAGGUGUAAAAGGCAAGCCCCAGUGUUUUUAUCACUCAAGAACCCCGAAUGCAGUCCACCCGCAGAAUCCAGUUGGGGGAUUUGGCUCCAACAUUUGGUCCUUCAACCCGGAUAGACCUUGGCCUAUCGAUCAGACCGCUGGAGGUCGAAUCGCCGCGAGUGUCUCGAGGAGGAAGAAUGCUCGGUAAGGAAGAAGUCCGCGAGCAGUGAUCCGGAAGACGUCGAUUCCCGGAGGGCGUUCCACGCGGCCCGAAACAGCGUUGGAAAGAACCGUGAGUCUGUGUGACGGUCCGGAACGCGCGUGUGGUCAAACCAGCGGCGCGUAGUGCACCAGAAGCGGUCCCAUUGGCCGCCGGAACACAGCAGUGAGCCGGAAGUGGUCGUUGGCCACCGGCAGAAGACGUAGUGAACGUUGCGAGGAAAGUGGUCCCAUUGGCCACUCGAGCAAAACAGUGAAGUGUGUGUGUGUGUGUGUGUGCGGGUGUGUUGGCGGAAGAAGGACGUUCGCGCUAUCUUGCCACACAAGAAAAAACAGAAGUGUGCGCCGCCAUUUUGUCGCACGAAGAAAAUGUGUUCGUCGGCUAGUGGGCUUGGCGAAGAUGGCGGCAUCUAGUUGAAAAACAAAAGUGUGUGUUCGUCAAUGAGAGAUGGGCGUAAGCCCCAUCUUGCCGCACGAACAAGUGAGACUCAGUGGAUGUGGUCGCGUUGGCCACCCCGAGCAAAACCGUGCGUGGAAGGUGGUCCCAUUGGCUACCCGAGCAUUACAGUGCGAAGACGAAAACUGAAAGCCUCGGCGGAUGCGGUCCCAUCGGCCGUCCCGAGCAGAAGUGUGCGUGGAUGGUGGUCCCAUUGGCCACCCGAGCAGAGUGCAGUGAAGUAGCGAUGAAGUGCGGUGCUCUGUGAGCAGAGUGGCGUGCAGAAAAGCCCUGACGGAGGUCCCAUUGGCCACGUCAGGCAGAAGUUCCGACGGGUGGACCGGAUGUCCACGCGGUGAAAAGGAGCUGGAAGAGUGGUCCCAUUGGCCACAAGGUGAAGUGUUGUGCGUUGCUCUGUGAGCAGGGUGACGUGCGAAAAGCCCCGACGGACGGUCCCAUUGGCCACGUCGGGCAGGAAGUUCCGACGGGUGGAUCCGAUAUCCACGCCGUGAGAAGGAACGAAGAGUGGUCCCAUUGGCCACGAAGAAGCCCUGCGUCUGUGUGGUGAGCCAACAGAGCAGCGUGCUGAAGAAACCGGCGGUAGCGGUCCCAUCGGCCACACCGUACCCGAAGAAAAGUGAGCGCGAGGCGCAGAAAACCCGAACAGAAAGUGACAACAGUGAACUGCUGCAAGACCCAGCGGAAAAGUGAAACGCAGUGCUGUGACGAAGACUGCAAGACGAAGAAGAAGAGUGCUGGUGAGACAGCAACUCGGAAGAAAAGUGAUCCAGCGUGCCCAGCUGGAAAGAAGCAGAAGAAGAUCCAGUGCAACAGAACGCUACCGCUGUCGUGUCGUCCAGAGCAAGGCAACAGCGGAGCAACAGAUUCCUGCGCGAAUCCAAAAACACCAGAUCCCGACAAGAUGGAGCUGAAAUCAGCGCGUUCCUUGGCCAUCAAGCGAAACUUCGUCAAGGGUAAGAUUUCGCGGGUCGUGGGCAGGCUGACAGCGUUCGAGGAGAACCACCAGCUGCCUUCGUUUGCCCAGAUCCAAGUCUUCGUGUGGAACGUCGAGAAGUACUACGGCGAGUUCAACAAGGUUUGCGACGAGUUUAAGGUAAGCGACGCUGACGCUGGUGAACGUUUCAACCACGACAUCGAAUGGGCCAGAGUGGUGAGUCUGGUUCAGGAAGCCAACCUGCGGAUUGUGGCCCUGAACAACGCACUGCUGUCUCAGCCCGUGCAUGCCGCUGUUCCCGAGCAACAGCAACAACCGGUCUCGAAGGAAGAGGCCAGCCGAACUACGCUUCCCACGAAUGAGGCUCGUGGCGAAGGUGAUGGUUCCGGAGCCGGCGAUGUUCCGGGUGUUGUGAACGCCAAGAGAUGCCAAGCUGACGAUCGAGGCCCAGGUGCACCUGAUACCAAGGUAGGUGCCCAUUCAGAACCUAGUUCGAAUCCGCCCAUUGCGGACAGCGAGCGUGGCGAGCCGAUGUGCACGCUGUGCAACGGUUGCCGCUCGGACACCGACUGCUUCCCGGUCCGUGGAGAUCCGGUCGAGCAGUGUCAAACCCUUGAAAGGUCGAUCCCCGAUCUGAGCAGCCGGAAGAAGUUGCCCAGAGAGUCUCACGAGACUGAGACACACCUUGCAGCGCACGAGAUGCUGCCACCCGAGGAACCUGCAGUGGUUCCGCACGAGUCCUCGUCAAAUGACCGAGGUAGUGCCGAGACAAAACCCGGCCUGUGCAGCCCCCAGUGGUUGCCAGGAGAUUCUCGCGAGCCCGAGAAUCGACAAGAAGAGUCGUCCGAGGAACCGGCAGUGGUUCCGCAUGAGUCCUCGGCAGCAGAACGAGGUAGUGCCGUGUCGGACGACCCAGCAGCUGUCCCCAUGUCGGAGCCAGCUGAGCACGUCGACGUUGUGCCAGACGUCGACACGUGCCAAGCAGUGAAGGGGAGUUCACUGUUUCCAGCCGUACCUGACGAAGAAAACAACGAGGGAGGUGCACAAUGCGGAUGCACCGAGCCAGCAAGUUUGAGCGUCCAAGUGGAUUGGACCACGAACCAGAACGCAAUGAAGGCCAACAAGAACACCGACAUCAACGAAUACCAGCGAACGUGUACGAGCCACGAGAGCGCUACGUACCGGUGCAGCCAACGGACCGAGCUGUACUACAGGUGCUGUCACGACAGCAUCGCACGGUCAGGAGCCGACUGUGCAGACGAACUCGAAAGGGCUGUGGAGAAAUUGCACGAUCCUGCAAUCUUCAGCAGCACCACGAAGAGACCCCGAUUGGUCUGGGACCCAGGCGUGGAGUUGAACGCAGCGCAUCGCUCCACACAACCGUAGACGACCACCACCAUGCCAGCAAGUGCAAAGGAGUUGCUUGCUCGUCUGGACGCUAUGAACCUGGAACUGCCAGCGAUCGACGGAGUCUCCGAGUAAGAACAACCGACACCGAUCCAGCGUGUUGGUGAACCUGAUGCCGUGACGCCUCAACCCGGGGGGAGAAUGUUCGGCACGACGCCGAAUGUUUUGCCCGGAUUUGCGCAACUGCCUCCCAGUGUGCGUGAGUCCAGCCCUGCGUCGCUGUCAGCGACGGCGCUGCCAACGUGACAGCCCAAAACGACGCAACGACGAAAACGGCGCGAGCCGAAGCGCGCGCAAACGAACGAGCGGAGAGGGAGAGAGAGCGAAAAGUCACUCCGUUUCGAGACGCGAACGAGACACGUCGUGCAGUGUAAAUAAAAAUCGGAAAUUUGAAAGUUUUGUGAAGUAAAAGGUGUAAAAAGCAAGCCCCAGUGUUUUUAUCACUCAAGAACCCCGAAUACAGUCCACCCGCAGAAUCCAGUUGGGGGAUUUGGCCCCAACAAUACUUUUCGCCAAAUCCCAAACCAGCAAUGUGAAUAAAAUGAUCAGUGUGAACGGGGUUCUACUGAUACGGGGUACUACGAAAAUCGCACGGUAUGUUUUUGAAUCAUAAAAAAUAACAAAACUUCUAUUGAAUUAUUAUUAUCAUGUCUAUAAGAAAAAGGUAUUUGUUUUGAGAAAACAACAAUCUGUAACAAUAUUCAUUGUAUUUGAAUGAAUAGUACCAAACCUUCCAACACCCCUUCCCCCCUAAAAUGCUACGUCUGUUCUGAGUGAAGCCAAAAAGAAAGUUGAUCAUUCAAGGCCAAUACGAACCUUUCAAGAAAUAUUUUGCCAUCAUUUUUUUCUUAUAGAGUCGACACUCUGGCUGUCGAUCUUCUCGAUAUCAAUAAUUCUCCAUCUAUCGAUGAAUUCUUCAGUCCCUGUUUGCUUUAAAAAUCUCUUCCGGUUGUCAAUAAUUUCAGUUUUCAUGGCUUGUACAGACAUUUUGCUUGGCGAAACUAAGCUUCAAAGGGUGUUUGAAAUUUGUGUGUUUUUGUUUGAUGGACGUUGCCAUGAUUCUCUCUAAUAGCUGGGUAUCAAGAAAAAAAUAUUUUCAAUCGAGUCUUCAUUUUGCAUCGUUCUGUAAUCUGAUGAUUCUCUUCCUCGACGGUCCCUUGGAUAUUGACAAGCAGAGAGUCGAUUGUAAAAUGCUAUUUCCCCGAACGCGGUCAAGCCGAAAUGCCCGGUGCCCAGGAGCGCGCGCGUUCGGGGAAAUGGCGUUCAGGGAAAUGACUAUUCAGGGAUAUGACUAAUCGGGUAAGUGGCAUUCGGGAUUGUGGCCCAUUCGGGAAAAUGGCAUUCGGGGAUGUGGACGAUUAGGGGAAAUGGGAAAUUCGGGUAAAUGGAAUUCGGGGAAAUGACUAUUAGGGGAAGUGUCUUUUCGGGGAAGUGGCAUUCGGGGAAAUGUCCCUUCGGUAAUAUGGGUUUCGGGGAAAUGUCAUAGAUUCUGAGUAUUUUGGGUUAAAAUGUACAAAAAAUCGUAUUUUUGCUAUUUCUAUAAUCACUCAUAAAAUCCUUAUUUUAUUAUGGAUUUCGAUCUUUUUGACUUCAUUCGACGCGUGUAAUAUAAACGCGUAAACGUGUAUAAUAUAAACGCGAAACAUGUUUUCUCUUGUCUUUUUACGUUUGAACCGUUUGUGCAAGAGGCUUACCAUAGAAACCAGACGAAACUUGAAGAUUUUGAAAACGGAUUUUACCCAGACUGCUUCAGUUAGUAUAGAAGGCUACAGUGCAUUGUUGUAACAACAUAUUGAGAUGUUCUGGGUCAUCCACGAACUCCUUGGAGUUUAGAUCUGUGGGUCUGCCACCGUAAAAAACACAAGGUCAGUGAUUUUUUACCACUGAUAAUAACCGCAUAGCUUCAGUGAGUAUGGUAGACUACUUGGUUAAUGUUUUGAAAUGUUCUGGGUCAUCCUAGGACUCACUUAAGUUAAGAUCUUUGGGUCUACCACCGUGGCAAUCAAAAUGUCUACCUGUUUUGACCACUGAUCAUACCCGCAUAGCUUCAGUCAGUAUGGUAGAAUGCUUUUUUAAUGUGUUGGGAUGUCUUGCGUCAUCCCAGGACUCACUAGAGUUAACAGCCACAGAUCAUAACUCCAGGGAGUCCUAGGAUGACCCUGGACAUUUCAAUACAUUAAUAAUGUAGUCGGAAGCUAUGCGGUUAUGAUCAGUGGUAAAAAAUCACUGACCUCUUGCUUGCUACGGCGGUAGACCCACCGGUCUUAACUCCAGGAGUUCUUGGAUGACCCAGAACAUCUCAAUAAGCUGUUACAACAAUGCACUGUAGCCUUUCAUACUAACUGAAGCAGUCUGGGUAGGAUCCGGUUUCAAAUUCUUUCGAAAGUUUCGACUUGUUUCUAUGGUAAGCCUCUUGCACAAGGGCAAUUAAAUUUCCGAUCUUUUGAUACUCAGACAUCUACGUUUUCUAUAAAACCCACGUUUUUAAAUACCUGAGCAAAAAGUAAGUUUGAUCCACGAGAACAAAAAAUAUGAAAGUCCAUACAUUUUUGGCAGGCUGCUCAAACGAAACCAUAACAACGUUUUUACCUAGGUAUUUAAAAACGUGGGUUUUAUAGAAAACCUAGAUGUUUGGAUAUCAAAAGAUCGGAAAUUUUGUGCCCUUUACGAUGCCACAUAGGUUGACUUGUAAAUCGUGGACCGGUCCGGAUGCCGGCGGAUUUUCCGGCGACGGAAUUCCGGGUUGGUACGAAAUUCCAACGAAAAAUCUAUUCUAUCGAUACAAAGACCCCCAGAACGGUGUUAUACCCACUCCAAAAUGUUUAUUUAGCAAUUCUAUGGUAAUAUGUUGAAAUUUAGUUGAGUUAAAAGUUUGCAAAAUUAAGUUCAGAUAAGUUUUAUAUAGAAUUUCCAGAGUUAUACAAACUUUUAGACUAAGUAGUUAGUAAACUUUAAAUUCAAUCCAAAUUAUUUUUUUAAUCGGUCAAGGAUGCCUGUUUGGAGUGCGGAGACUGAAUUGGGUACUAAAGCCCUAUGUCAAUUUUUAUGUACAGCGGUAAAAAACACGAUCAAAAACCAUUUCUGAUCACUUUUUUUCAUUUUAAUGCAAAAAAAAAAAAAAUAAUUACAGGACAACAUUUUUUCGAUGGAUCAACUAUGGUCCCCUUGGAACGAGCUGUUAACUAGGAACUUUUCUGUCAAAGAGGACCGCGAGGUUAAUUUUUCAAAAUUGAUUUAAAAAUCCAUUUUAAACUCUUUGUGGUCGUACAAAGGGUCAUUGUACUCAGAAAAAUAAGCUUUAUCGCUGUAAACAAUAAUAUCAGCAAUCUAAGCUUCAUUUUAGGACCCAAUUAAUGGUGAUUUGUUAACAAAAAACUUUAUUUAUGUAAAUUUUUCGAAAGGUGUACAAACUUUUUUUGCACCUUUUUUGAUUUUUGUAAUAGUAUUUGUUAUAUAACUUUUUAUAGAAAACAUCUUUUCAUGAGCUUUUUGUAACAAAAUAUUCGGCAUGAGUUUCUAAACAAAACGUAGUACUAGGUUUCUGUCAACAUUAAAUUGUUUACAUGUUUCAUCACAAAAUGUGCAAGGGUUGUAAAUACUUUUUUUAACAUACUGUAUAAAGACAAGAGAAGUCUUGUGUCUUGUGUCAUCAUGCUAAAACAUAUCAGAACAUAUUGUUUUUUGCUGAUACGCGUCGAAUAAAGUCAAGAUGAUCGAAAUCCAUAAUAAAAUAAGGAUUUUGAGUGAUUUUAGGAAUAGCAAAAACACGAUUUUUUGUACAUGUUAACCCAAAAUACUCAAACUUUAACGACUUGUAACUUUUGGACCCCGGGGUUUAGAAAGUUUGUCCAGAAGAUUUUUUUCAUGUCUCGGCGAGCACUUUCGAAUGAAGUUUCUCCCGUUCGUGUACAUCCUUGGGCCAAAUCCGCCCAUUCUCCUUUGAAGGUCUGUACCGAGCUCUAGGGUGCUCCAAAUUUCAAUGUUAUAUACAGUAGGUGUUCGGUAACUGGGCGUUGUUUAACUGGGCUGCUUUUUAACUGGGCGCUCGAUAACUGGGCCGUAGCCCAGUUAAAAAGCAGACAAACGUCAAAAAACCAAAACAAACCGAAAUCACCGAGGGGUUAAUGGAUGCAAAAAUCAUGAUCAACAAAUAAAAAAACUUUUUUCAAACUUUUAUGUAAUUUCAAGUCACAAUUAAAGAAAUAUGAAAAGUAAUCAUUGUAAACAAAUUUGAUUAACUUUUAUUUUUAUAUUUCAUCAAAUAAAUAUUAUGCAUCGGUAGUCCCCUCGUUAUUUUUCGUUCAGCCCAGUUAGCGAACAGCAUUCGAUGACUGGGCUACGUUCUCAGCCCAGAUACCGAACAACUACUGUAUACCAAAAGAUGCGCAAAAUAAACGCUUCAGCGGCCAAAAUGCUUCAAAUAGCGGCAUUUUUAAAAAAAAAUCUUUAUUUACGGGUUAAAUCGCAUUUAAAAUUCAAAUUCAACGCGCCAGCUCCUGUUACGUCCAAUCAAGCUCAUAUUUUGGAUUUGGGCUCAAUACGCCCACCGGAACAAACCCUUGAAUGCCCGCCAAAAAGUCAUUUUUGUUAAAUCCUACUGGCCAGUCUCGAGGCAAUAAAUAUAGAAAUCUAAAUCAAUUUUAUUUCUGUAUUUUUCAGUUAUUUUUUUUUUUGUUAUAAAUUUGUUUCUUUCUUCUUUCUUUUUCUUUUUAGCAGAUUCUGAUUUUUUUUCUUUGAGUAAUUUAUAUCAUACAAUGCUGUAAUGACAACUCUUCAAUCAAACCAUCCACAUUAACGACCCCAGGUCUUUGUGGUCUCUAUUGCAAGUUUCUGCUCGAACCUAGGAGUCCAAAGGCUUGAAUGGGGAGGGCACCCAAACCUCUUUCUACUCCAAGGAACCUUCCACCCCAGGGUUCGAACUGACGACCUUUAAAUUGCGAGUCCAACCGCCGCCAGCGAUGCCACCGGACUUCUACACCUGGAAUGACAACGGCCUAACAACAACCGAGGCUCAGACCGACGUUUUACUUCCCCAUCCGAUAGAAGAUUGGAUAAGAUGGGAAUCAAACCCAUGAUCAUCCACUUAUAAAGUGGACAGCGUAACCAUUUGGCUAAGCCUGCUGCAGCUGCUACAACACUUAUAUGCACAGCCUGAGUUACGAUGUUAUGCUUCAUCAAUUCUGUCAUUUUUCUGUUACAAACUUCUGCUCCGGUUGCAAGAUGAUUCCAUAACACUUUUUGAUAUUUUAACAGUAGGUUUUUGUUAUUGGUAUGGUAUGUAUGUGAAGUUGUAUCCAGUUUGCAUUGCACACUUUGCACCAAAUUCUCCACUCUUGCAAAUAAUAUCUAUACACCAAAUAUUUGCACACUUAAAAUCCUAUCCCUUCUCCCCCCGCUCGCCUAGAGUGGUGCGUGUCUCGACUGAGCUUUUCUGCUUUCGAACACUUUAGAACAGUUUCAAACUAGGGUGUGUGUCUUGGAUAGUUUUUUUUCUGCUGUAGUCAGAGGUGUGCACUUGGUUGGAGAGCUUUUUACAACUUUCACGAUUGUUGCAAAAUCUCUGAAAUCCGCAAUAUUUAUUUUAA